UACAGAGAUCAGAAGGACGUGGGUCAGGACUCGUCAUCCAUGGAGAAGCGUUUUACAUACAAGCUCCUCAAAACGCUGCUGAAGUACGUCGACUCUGCCCAGGAGUUCAUCGCUCAUCUGGAGGCCAUGGCCACCAGUGGGAAGACGGACAAAUCGCCUCAUGACCAGGAAAUCAAGUUCUUUGCCAAGGUGUUGCUUCCUCUGAUAGAUCAAACUUUCAAGAACCACUGUCUCUACUUCCUGUCCACGCCCAGCAAGAACCUGAGCAGCUGCGGCUGUGCCUCCAACAAAGAGAAGGAGAUGCUCACCAGGUACUGUGGUUAA